AUGAGUUUUGAUUUACCGGCAACAUUAUCAACGAAAAAUAAUACAAAAAAAUGUAGUUUUACCGAUGAAGCUUGUCAAGUAUUAAAUGAAUUAAGAACAAAUAGUCUGUUGUGUGAUGGUAAUGUUCUUACCAAAGACAACAAUGAAUAUGCUGUACAUCGAUUCAUUCUGGCUGCAUGUAGUCCAUACUUUCGAUCGAUAUUUACAAGUCUCAAACAUGUGGAAUAUCCAUCUGUAAAACUGGAAGUGGAAGAUGAAGUAGUUCAAGCUAUACUAGAUUAUGCUUAUAUGCGUGAAUGUUUUUUAACACCAUCGAAUGUUGAUAAAAUAAUACAAGCUGCUGAUAAAUGGCAAAUGAAUGGACUAGUUCAUUAUUGUUGCGAAUAUUUAUCACAAAAUUUAUCACCCGAUAAUGUUUUUAAUGUUUAUAAGUUUACCAUCAUUUAUCCCAAUGAGAGAUUACAACAGGUGACCUACGACUAUUUGAUGUAUAAUUUUAUUGAUAUAACAGAUAUAAAUAAACAAUUUAUUAAUCUUGAUGUGAAUGAAUUAAUUAAAUUUAUAUCAACAGAUGAUUUAAAUGCGAGAAAUGAAGAAAAUGUAUUUAAUGUUGUCAUCAAAUGGAUUGAUCAUGAUGUUGAACAAAGGAAACAGUAUAUUAGUCAAUUAAUUUGUCAACUUCGACUUGGUCUAAUUCCAUUACAAGUAUUUAUUAAUAAAGUUAAAUCUCAUCCGUACAUUAAAGAUAAUGAUGAAUGUCGAUCUAUGAUUGGUGAAACAUUAAAACUACUUUAUAAAUUAGAUAAUGAAGGUCUAAUAGAAACAGAUCUUAAAUGUCCGUUUAUUCGUCCACGCUAUCCACAUGAAAUUAUUUUUGCAUUUGGUGGUUGGUCUGGUGGUAGUGCGACAAACAUGUUAGAAGCUUAUGAUGUUCGAGCUGACAAAUGGACUAUUAUUCAUUGUACCGAUAGAGCGGCACCACGAGCAUAUCAUGGUUGUAUAACAUUAGAUAAUCUCAUGUAUGUAAUAGGUGGUUUCGAUGGUAUAGAAUAUUUUAGUUCAUGUCGUACAUUUCAUCUGAUUAAAAAAGAGUGGCGAGAAAUAGCACCGAUGAAUGAAAGACGAUGUUAUGUUAGUGUAGCAUAUUUACCUCCUUAUUUAUAUACAAUGGGAGGAUUCAAUGGACAUGUGCGACAAAAUACAGCUGAAAAAUAUGAUCGAGAAACAAAUCAAUGGAGUUCAAUUUGUCCCAUGAAUUUACAACGAUCCGAUGCAUCAGCAACAACAUUGAACGAUAGAAUUUUUAUAUGCGGAGGUUUUGAUGGUCAAGAGUGUCUACAAACAGCUGAAUUUUUUGAUCCAAAAACAAAUCAAUGGACACUAAUAUCUCCGAUGAGAUCAAAAAGGAGUGGAGUUGGCGUUAUUGCAUAUCGAGGAUCGGUCUACGCUAUUGGUGGAUUUAAUGGACAAGCAAGAUUAAAUACGGGAGAAAGAUACAAUCCAAUAAUGAAUACUUGGAGACCAAUAACGGCUAUGCUUCAUCCAAGGAGUAAUUUUGCUAUUGAGAUUCUGGACGAUCUCAUGUUCACCAUCGGGUAUGAUAUUGCUGAUAUGAAUUUAUAUCGCAGUGCUUUGAGUGCAUGUGUUAUAAAUGGUCUAACAUUAGUGAAAAAUUUUCUUUUUUAUAAUGAUAUAAAUACAACAAUAACAACGACGACGACAAAUAGCAGCACUAUUGCAAAUAUAACAAAUAAUCUUGAAAUAAAUCGCUUACCAUUAUCCGUUGCACUUUCGCAUGGUAGUGCACGUCAGAUACACGGACGCAUACAAUAA